AUGUUCAACUUCACACCUUUGCUCGGUGCGCAAUCUGCUUCGCCGGCAUCUCAGUCACUGCUCGAGUUCGAUGGGGGUGUGAAAGUGCUUAUUGACGUGGGCUGGGACGAGAGCUUUGAUGUCGAAAAACUCAAAGAAAUAGAAAGACAUGUCCCUACGCUCUCCUUCAUCCUGCUCACACACGCAACCACUGCGCAUAUCGGUGCAUAUGUGCAUUGCUGCAAGAACAUCCCAACCUUCACGCGCAUACCCGUCUACGCAACAAUACCCGUCAUAUCUCUUGGGCGAACCCUUCUCCAAGAUCUCUACGGCUCCACACCACUCGCGGCUUCCAUAAUAUCGACCGAGUCCCUCAGCGAAUCGGCCUACGCAUAUCCAUCUGCGCUUCCUGAUGGAAGUAACCCGAAUAUCCUGCUUCAAGCACCUACACACGAUGAAAUUGCCAGUUAUUUUGGUCUGAUAAACGCCCUUAAAUACUCACAGCCACGUCAACCACUGGCAUCACCAAGCUCGCCGCCUCUCAAUGGCCUCACAAUCACCGCCUAUAGCGCUGGACAUACACUGGGAGGCACAAUUUGGCACAUACAGCAUGGCAUGGAAUCAGUCGUCUAUGCAGUGGACUGGAACCAGGCAAGGGAACAUGUGCUCUCGGGAGCGGCCUGGCUAGGUGGACCUGGAACGGGUGGUUCUGAAGUGCUGGAGCAGCUGCGCCGCCCUACUGCCCUUAUUUGCAGUAGCAAAGGAUCAGGCAAGCACACGAACAUCAAGGGCAAUCAACGCGAUGAGACCCUCUUGUCUAUGAUCAGAGAUACAGUUGCGAAAGGGGGAUCUGUCUUGAUUCCUUCCGACUCUAGCGCUCGCAUCCUGGAGUUGUCGUAUCUCCUGGAAGAGACGUGGCAGAACGAAGCUACCAGAGCGGACAGUAACAGCCCGCUAAAGGACGCCAAACUAUAUCUAGCAAGCAGAACAGGUGGUGCGACGAUGAGGUACGUACGAAGCAUGGUCGAGUGGAUGGACGAAGGUAUCGUGAAGGAGUUUGGAGCAGGCGGCGCAGCAGACGGCCAGGAACAGGGCAAGAAUCGGACUGGUGGAAAAGAGGACAGAGGCGCGAGGCCACCAUUCGACUUCAGACAUAUCACCUUGUUGGAGCGCAAAACGCGAGUAGCACGCAUGCUCGGUGAAGAUGAACCGCGCGUGAUACUGGCGAGCGACACAUCCCUGGAAUGGGGUUUCUCCAAGGAUGCCAUCAAGAGCUUAGCAUCAGACCCGAAGAACUUGAUUGUUCUCACUGAACGUGUCGGCGACCUCGAUGUGAAAGAGAAGGGCCUUGGUCGAUACUUAUGGGAAGUUUGGAACGAGCAAAAUGCAUCUACAGAACAGGGCUCUUCAACAACAGUGGUUGAUGCUCCAGGUCAAAUGUCUGUGCGAGCCGCUCGAACAGUGGCGCUUGAAGGUGAUGAAGUACCUCUCUAUCAACAACAUCUGGCAAGGCAAAGACAACUCCAUAACACCAUGGGUGGCGAUGCUACCACCAACAUGGAGACUGCUGACGUGGUGGACGAUCGAUCAUCAACAACAUCAGAGAGUUCAGAAGAUUCAGAGGAUAUGGUUCACCCACAUCAAGGAAAGGCUCUCAACACAACGGCUACCCUUCGUCAUGCCCGUAACAAGGUCGAUCAGACCGACGCUGAGAUGGGUGUUAACAUUCUCACUCGUCGCAAGAACGUACACGACUUCGAGGUUCAGGGCAAGAAGGGCACAGAUAAGAUGUUUCCCAUCAUUACCAAGCGAAGGCGCGCCGAUGAUUUUGGAGACUUGAUCCGCCCUGAAGAGUUUGCACGUGCUGAAGAAGAAGACAAUGUCCCCGGCGAGCCUUCUCGGGCGGAUGCAGUGAAGAAGGAGAACGCGGUUGGUCAAAAGAGGAAGUGGGAUGGCGCUGCAGACGCACCUGCCGAGCCAGAUAGCGAACCCGAAGAUGACCCAGAUAAGGUCGACGGGCCUGCAAAGAUCAUCAUGGAGUCGGAAGUGCUCGAUAUAAGGUGCCGCAUAACCUACAUCGACUUCUCCGGCUUGCACGACCGCCGCACGAUCCAGACUCUCAUUCCUUUGAUCAAGCCCCGCAACCUCAUUUUCGUCGCUGGUGAGGAAACAGAAACCAAAGAUCUCGCAGACGAGCUACGGAAAACCCUAGCUUCCAUCGAAGCAGGCAGCAGCAUCGAUGUGUUUACGCCCGCGGUCGGUGUCAUGAUUGACGCCAGCGUCGACACCAAUGCAUGGUCUGUCAAGCUAUCGCGCAGCAUGAUCCAGAACCUGCGAUGGCAAAAGGUCCACGGCCUAGGCGUUGUCGCCAUCACUGGACGCCUGCAAGCCGCAAGCCUCGAGCCUCCACCAAAAGAGGAGGAAGACGAGGCCCCUGCAAAGAAGAGGGCAAGACUCGAGGCCACGCCUGCUAUCCCUGUGAGCCAGGAAGGAAACGACGACACACCGGUUCUGGACGUGAUACCAACCAACAUGGCAACGGCCGUGCGCUCUGUCGCUCAGCCUUUCCAUGUCGGUGAUCUGAGGCUUGCGGAUCUGAGGAAGCUUAUGAAGGCUUCUGGCAUGGAAGCAGAGUUCAGAGGCGAGGGUGUGUUGGUCAUCAACGGCACAGUCGCCGUGAGGAAGACGGCAGCAGGCACCAUCGAAGUCGAUGGCGGCGCAUACAGCCUCGCAAACCCAAGGAGCAACGACGCGGCUACGUUCUUCAAGGUCAAGAGGAAGAUCUACGAAGGCUUGGCUGUCGUCGCUGGAGGCUAG